GGUACAUACAUAAUUAUAUAAACUAGAUAAUAGAUUUAAACACAUAAUAUAAUGUAGAUGUAUUACAGUGAUUGUGCCUAUUAGCUGAGAAAAAUUGGUGUAUUAUUGUGUGAUUCCGUUGAUGGUAUUAGUUUAUAAAACAAUUUAGCGUUACACAAACGAACAUGGCACUCAGGUUGCAAAUCGAAAAGAAGAAAGCUCAAGAAGAAAUGCGUCGUUUGAUGGCAGAAAGGAAGAAGAAGGAUGUCAAACGAGUAAAGUUAGAUCAUCCUCUCGCAAGAUAUAAUAAUGUGGGACAUCUCACUUGUUUGCUUUGCACUUCCGUCGUGAGAUCGGAAAAUGUUUGGCAAGUACAUCUCAAUAGUAAACAACAUCGAGAAAAUAUUGAAAAUGCUAAGAAACUAAAGGAACUGACGAAUAAUUUCACUGUAGUCAACAAAGUUAAACACAAGAGUUCCAGUCCUCCAAAAGAUGCACCUCCCGAAAAAAAGAUAAAAGGAAUAUUAAAAAAUGUAGGCACCGUGCCAGUGAUAACAAAACCCAAAAAUGAUGUCCCAAGUGUGGUAGAAUUUCACAAUGAAGAAAUUAAAAGAACUCCACUUAAUCCUGUUGUAAUAACAGAAAAAGUUAAUGAACCUGUACAGACUACAGAUCAAAAAGAAAAAGAGGAACCUGCAAGUGAUGUACCAAUACCAGAAGGUUUUUUUGAUGACCCAGUUUUAGAUGCAAAGGUUCGUAAGAUUGAAUAUAAAGAUCCAAUUGAAGAGGAAUGGGAAAAAUUCAGAAAAGAAAUAAAAGAAGAAACUAGUGCAUCAGCUGAAAUUAUAGCAGGUGAACAAGAAGAAGCCACUGCAGAGCGACAAAUAGAAGAAAUCGACGAACAAAUUAGAAAAUGGUCCCGAGUCCUGGAUUUGGAAUUACAAAAAGAAGAGACGAAAAAGAAAAUACACGAAAUGGACCAAAUGAGCUUAGACGAAAAUUGUGAAUCAGAAAACGAAGAUGAUAUAGACGAAUUUUUAGAUUGGAGGUCUAAAAAAUCGUUUACGUAACAAAAAGUUUUUUCUGUUGAUAUGUGUUAUUAAAAUACUUUACUAUAAUGAGCUACAUAAAA